AGGAGUGGGUUUUUUGGUGCCAAAUUUGCUAAUCCGGCAAUACAUGAUCGCUAGUGAGUAUCGGCCGCAUGGAAGGAAUCAGAUGCUUGUUCCUAGUAUGGAGAAGCAUCUGUCGAUGGUUUGUAGCCGUUCUGAGCAUGGUUUUGGUGACGAGCGACAUCAACGAAUGGCGGAUCAAGCACUUGACACUGACCACAAGGACGAUGAAAAUAAAGACCUUCAUGGCAGAGACGACAUUCUUGUGACGCCAAAGCACCCUGGACCUAGUACCAACGAGAAGAUGAACAACAUCAAUGAUGCUUCAUCCACGACUGUUGUACAUCCUGCUGUUGGAGGCCACGGAGACGGCGACAUAGUAUUAAAAGCAGCUACUCUUGUAGAACAACAUGCCACGACUGCGACUACAUCAAAGAAGACGACGCGUAAGGAGCAGCAGAAGACCACAUUUGAAAACAUACCAGUGAAAGACCUUGUCGCCGUUUUGCAGGAAGUUCGAGAGCAGCCACGAAAGACAAAGGAUAAGGAGGCAAAGGGCGAUCGUGCUUCGCUAUUUCAUUUACGGCAAAAGUGAUGGGUUGCCUAUUCGAAAGUAGACAUCAUCAGCUUUUAUGUAAAUGAAUACGCGUCUUCUAACCUAGAGCCUUGUCGAAGCUGUGUCUCGGCCGUUUCGCACGACCGACGUCUAUGUCUCCAAGGGUUCUUCAGAAGCUGAGAUGGCCAAGUCCCAAGAACCCCCUCUCCCUCAAGGACGUCUUCUCUCUGAUGAAGACACCGUGUUGUUGGAUCUCGCGAAAGCGAUACUGGCUUCAGAACGUGGGGAAGAAGACCACUCUACGAAGCAGGACACUAAAAGGAGAAGAACUUCUGAGGAAAACCCUACUACAAAGGACACUAAAAGGAGAAUUAAGGCUGUGCCUAAUACAUCUUUGGACGCAUCCUUGAAACGUAUGGAGGAUUAUCCUAAGGGAAUACUUACUCCCCCAUACUUUUCAGCACUUGCAAGAUGAAUUACGGACAGCUCUAAUAGAAGAACUUCUGAGGUAACAACACUAGAAGAUGCAGAGCGCGUGCUUACCCAAGAACUAGAGGAACAACUGGAAUCGGCCUUGUUACUGCGUGGAAAAGACCCUAAGAAAGUGCAAUCGCCUGUCCUUCGUCGUCAGGAUUCAGAGCCAGUUGCGUUUAAGAUCCUAUCCAAACUUCUUCUUGAGGAUCCUGAAGAGAUGAAGGACCAUGUGAAAGGAGGACCACGCGGCCACGUGAAGAUACAACAAACAAGAACAACUACAGAGGAUAAGCUUAAUCACCAGAUGAACAGGGAAGAUACAAGAACUAGUUCAAGGAUAUCGUCUGCAAGUAAUAGUAAUCCUCCUUCAGAAUUACCAUCGUCCUCCGAAACUGCUUCUGCGCCAUCUUCUAGCACGGUUGGUCUUAGUAGAACUAGCGAUAAUGAUGUGCCUGAAGAAGGGAAUAGUAUCCAAGUGCCUAGUACCGUAACAACCAAAGGAACAUCUGCAUCUUCUUCUGCGGAAGGAAGCGGUCCAGAGCAUAGUGAGCCUGUUGUCUCUUCUUCCUUCGGCGCUCCAGGAUUAGCGUUGCCGAUAUCGCCAGAGGCCCUUCUUUGUGCGCAUUUGGCGUUCACGACUGCAAAGAAAGAAGCGAUAAGGCAAGACCUUUAGCACUGUCGAAUCAACAAGAAGCUUUUCUUGGUCGUUUUAUAUUCAUUAGUUACACCGAGGAUAUCAAGGACAACAUAACAAUGUCGAUAUUACAUCACCUGAGACCACAACAUGACAUUUGACAUAAGCGCCACAACAUGACCCUUGCUGACAGGAGUUCCUUGCGACCAACUUCUAAACAACAGCGCACAUUAUUCGGAGCAGUACCGUCAUACCUGUUUCAGGUGGUUGCUGACCAGUUUGUGUUUGGUGAAAAGGGAAGCUUGCACUCACCCGGUUUUGGAAUACCUGCAUAAUGAAGAAUUGAAAAGCUAUGCCUUGAAUUUGAUGUGAAGCCUCUGAGGUUUUCAAGAGAACAAAGAAGUGUAAAAAGGCGUGUUGAAUACAUCUAUCACAAGAGUAAAAAUGUUGUAAGUGUAGUGUAGAAGUUGAAUACGACUACGUACUACAUCUGCACCAUCUGCGUCAGUGAGAACGUAAGCUGCUUCUCUCUAACCCACCGUCCACGGUAUGAACCACGCUCAUCCAGGAACAAGCAAGGAUAGUCUUCUGGGAAAAAGUGGCGACCACGUCAAUUAUCCCAGGUCCACAGGAUUCGCAGUCAACACUCUCGGUUUCGGCUGGCUGGGGACUCCUCAUAUCGGGUUUACCUAUCGCACGUUAAAGAGCCUGACUUUGCGGACCUACUACGGAGGCAUCUCUUAUGGAUCGUGUCACUGUGGAGUUGAGUUGUACAUGAAACUUACACGAUCCGUAUGAAUGUGACCUCAGUGCAGCAGAAAGAUUACACUCAGACGAUGUGAGAUUAGUAACUAUCAGAGGCAAUGCGUUUUUGAACACUAGAUUACACUCAGACGAUGUGAGGUUAGUACCUAUCAGAGUCAAUGCGUUUUUGAUUUAAACUACUUAGUUCACUUCUAAUCCCGAGGCAUCCAGGUCCUGACGGUGUCUCCCUUCUCCCCGUUAUACGGCACAUUGCAGUCUGGGGACGCCAUCACCGCCCUCCUCAUCGCCGGUCGCGAGUACACCGUAAGCGACGAGGGGCUAGUGCUGGUGACACCAUCAAUGUUCAUCCCGCCUCUCGUCGCAAACUCAUUUGCCUACAAGAACGUCGGCGUCGGAACUGACGCGAUAGGAGAUAGUAUCACGUUUGAGGUUUUGAUUUCGAGUCUGCCAGCAGAUGGCGAUGGCUCUGGACCGCGAGUGACCGUGCACGUAGCAAGACCUGUUUGGGGUGGUCGUAAAUACAAGGUGGAAAGGUUAGUGCUGAAUGAACGCUGUGGAGGAGGAGGAGGAGGUUAUGGCUUUUUUCCUGAAGAAGUAAAGAGAGUCUACUUGAUAGAUUUAGAUUCCUAUUUCAUUCAUCUUCAGGUGACCACAUGAUAUCGUGGUCAAACAAGUCUUCGAAAACUCAAAAUACCCGAGUUACAACUAACUGAAAUAUGGAAGGCAGCUUAACAUCAAGGGUACCCUUCCUUCUCAUCAGUAUCUCGGUUAUUCUGAUCAGUUACUUGCUUAUUUCAGUUUUUCGAAUUUGUACUAGAUUCUGAAGCUCUUCUUCUAAUGGAACACAUCAGUUUCGACCGGCGUCGUCUUCGGUAUUUUUCCAUUCUACGUGCCACAGUUUUCGGAUGAACCUUGCACCCGUGGAAUGUGCCAUCCAGGACUUCUCACGUCCAGGCGUGCUAGGAAUUUAGCUUUCACGCCAUCACACUAUUUGAUCUUUGGGGGACAACAGUUCACAGCCUUGAACGCGCACUUCUACGACCUUGCGAAACCGGCAAUCCCAGUCGCGACUCUGUGGCAGCUAGAAAGAUGGGCUAGACCUCCACGAGCGCCCACCGCCACCGCUCCUCCAAGUGAAUACGAUAAAUGGGCAAGUGGAGAAGCAAAUAUGCCGUUGUUCACGAUGUUAAGGCUUCUUCGGCGGUUUUACUCACAAUGUUGCUCAUAGGAAUCAGAGAAAAACUUUUUGAGAUUAAGGUUUUGAUACACAUUUGAUUGUUCGCGGAAAGGGACAUAGAUCUAAGUAAUAGAACACAGUUUGCCCCUAGUCAAGUACACUAGAACUACCUGCUCUAACCAUAGCCUCAGCACCAGAUGGAGUGGUCAACAAGGACAUCCUGCCUGCAGAACCUGUGAUCCUCAUGCGGCAAGCGCCAGGUAGUUCUCCAUUGUGUCCCGAUGGAGAAGACACGGCUCUGAGGCUGGUCCGAUACGUAGCGUUCGCAGGGAAGAAUCUUUAUUCUUAUGGCGUGGUUUUGUAUUUGUUUGUAUUAGGGGUCGCUAGGGAACCAGGCAGCUUUGAGUGAGUUGCUACGUGGUUCGAAUGAAUGAAUGAAUGAAUUCAAGGCCUACAAGGACCCCCUGACGUCAUUAAACCCAGUGUACAUCAGUAAAAAUUAAAAUUCAUCUCUAACUCACCACCCCCAUCGCAAUGCUGCAAAGGCUUCCUGUUCGGAAUCUACGUGACUUGACUGCCCAUGCCGUGGCUUUCUUGGCGGACAAGGGGAAGCAAAAUUUUCUCCUCUUUCUGUCGGAUCGAGAUGACAAUAUUAGCAAGGUACUAUUGCCAUUCGCUGAUAGAUUUUUUAUGCCGUCGUGGGUGUUAGGUCAUCAGAGGUAUAGUGUUUCUCAGAGACAUAGAAUAUUACCUAGUAAUGCGCAUCCAAGGAGUUGAAGAGAAAUACGAAAAACCCAUGAAUCAAUGUGGCUAGUACUUGACAGAGUAUCUCUAUCUGACCAGGUCUCGAUACUGCCGUCUUUGAUUCUCUCGCGCGCUUGUGUGGAGGUGAAGACAACGAUGCCGCCAAUAUCCGAGGACCUUGCAGAUAUAGGUGGAGGGCUGGUGCAGGGCUUGGUGGGGGUAGGGAAGGUGUAAUAUUGUUCUGGAUCGUCUAGGGUUGGGAGUCUACGGUUGGGGGACGAAAAUGUAGGUGUGGGGUCUGUGUCCGUGGCAGGUGUCCGCGUCCACUUCAAAACCGACGCGACAGCAUGGUGUUUCGAUAGUCAUUCCUUACUUUUCCUCUUACUACAACUACAUCACCCAGGAAAGCCCUCUAGUUGCCAACCAGUCCAGUCCACUCGGUUCUGCUGAGAGGGAGAGGCUACGCCGAACCUUGAAGACGAUGGCGGAGCCUAGUGCUGGGACAGGGUGGGGGCGAUCUAAGUCGGGGCCUAGUGUAAUAUUGUUCUGGAUCGUCUACGGUUGGGGGACGAAAAGGCAGGACUUGAAAUUAAAUAGUAAGGCCGUCCUCUGGACACACUGUUGGAACUUAUUUUUUUUUCGUUUUAGGUGCCUGGCCGUUGUGCUUCAGGAUUCUCGCCGGGUAAUUAAAUGUUCGUAUUGCGAGGAAUAUAGACCCAGGCCCCAAAAAAAAAAAGAGGACUACUUGGGAUGUGAAUGAAUGAAUUAUCAAGUGGCUGGGUUUUGUGUGCUCGCUGAUUGCUCGAGUUAUUUCUUCAGACUUCAAUCCGCCAAGAGGGACUGUGUGUGAGCUACUCUAUAAAAACUAACCACAGAAUUACAGAGACAGACUAUGCUGACAAACUCAGAAUACAUAGCUAGGUUCUACUAGAAGCAGGUUUGACUAGACGCUAUGUAUAUGCUAGAAACCUCGUCGGUAGAAAAACAAAGUGGAAUUACUAAGUACUUGAGAAUGAUGUGGCGCCUAGGAGUUUCAAAAUGCGUCCUUUCUGACAUCAAAAUUGUAAAGAAAUCUGCACAGAAGAAAUUGAUUCCUUCCAAACUCCGAACGGCGAUGUACGUGUGUCGUCUGAAAUUAACUCGAUUUUUCAACGUAUGUACACACGUCAUUCGAUAGCAUACUUGAAGACAAAGAUCUUACAGUGAUAGAGCUGGAAAAAACGGAAUAAGGCUGUAUUAGUAUUCGAUACUGAAACUUAGUUAACAACAAUAACAUGGACAGCAUUAUUUCAUGCGAAGUGUACCCGACCUAUCUUUUCAGAGUAGAUAAUGGAGGAGUUUGACUUUUGUUCCAAAGCAGACCCAGGGGCUUUGGCAGCCUGCUGUUUUUACUACAAGGAAGCCUCGAG